AUGUCGUCCGAAUCACCAGAGAAAAACGGACACGAAAAUGUGAGCGAAAAAGUCGAUGAAAAGGUAGAGGAAGUAGAAAAAAUUGAAAAAACUGAAGAAAAAGAGAAAAAGCGCUCUUCGCGUGAGGAAAACGAAAAGCCGACAGCGAAAAGAUCGAAAAACGAGGAAGACGAAGAGAAAGAUCGCAGAAGAUCCAGUGAGUUAUACAAAAAAUCGAGGAAAUUAGAAACAAAUAAAAAAAAUGCAGAAGACGACAAAAAAUCGGACAAAUCUGAGCGUCGGAGCGAUUCGCAUCGUGAUCGCGACCGGAAAAGACGUGAUCGUAGUCGUUCAAGGACUAGGUCCAGGUAAAAUUGAAGAAAACUUUAUUUCGAUGAAAUAUUUCAAAAAAUUGAUUUCAGAUCGCCAAAACGAAGCAAGAAAGAGCGAAAAGAAGAAAAACCGGAAAAUGAGGAGGAAGACGGAGAGGUAAGGCUCAAAAUUGGCUGAACAUAAUUUACUUUCUAAAUUUAAGAUACGAGAGGGUACUCCACCGCCGGUGACGCCGGUGGAAGUUCCGCGAAAGCUGACGGCCAGGGAAUUGGAGCGACAACGCAUUAUUGCCGAGGAAUUGGCGGUAUGUUUCUCAAAUUAUAAAAAAAAAAGAAUUUUGUGAGAAACCGACAAGGAAAUGUACAAUUCAUGGCCUUACUUCGAAAUUUCACAAGAAACACACAAUUUAAAUGAAUUUUCAACUGUUUCAGAACGGAAAACUCGACGAAGAUUCCGAUGAGCCGGUGUGGUCGAUGAAAAAGGCUCAGGCGGAGAAGGCGAGUCGAAUGUGCCCUUACUUGGAUACAAUCGACAGGUUUGUACAACUCUAGCUGCUUUCUCAUAUUUACCUCUCUCUCUCAUUAAAUAGAAAAGGUAAAAUUUUUAAAAUAAAAUUUACAGAUCCGUCCUUGAUUUCGACUUUGAAAAGCAGUGCUCCGUAUCGCUUUCGCAUCAAAACGUCUACGCGUGCAUGGUUUGCGGAAAAUAUUUCCAGGUAAUUUUACUUUGAAUUCUUGAAUGCUUUUUUCUACAUUUAGAAACUUCUAUUCCCUUGAAAUGUUCGAAACAUAUAUAUUAUAAAUUUCAGGGCCGCGGAACAAACACGCACGCGUACACACAUGCUCUCGAGACGGAUCACCACGUGUUUCUGAAUCUGUCGACGCUGAAAUUCUACUGUCUUCCGGAUAAUUACGAAAUUGUCGAUCCGUCGCUGGAGGACAUCAAAUACGUGCUUAAGCCGACGUACACGAAGGAAAUGAUUGCUUCGAUCGAUAAACAGGUUAGAAAUACAUUUUUUUCAGUUCCACGUGCAAAUGGACAGUGUUAAACGCACGGCGAUCCGUGGACCGUCGGCUGCUUGUGCCGCCGUGCGUUUUAACACAGUUCAUUUGCACACUCAGGAUUUACAGCGCUCACCCACCCCUGGUGUUAACUUAUUUUUCAGUCGCGCAUGGUGCGCGCCUACGACGAUUCAACCUAUUUUCCGGGAGUUGUCGGACUCAAUAAUAUCAAGGCGAACGACUACUGUAACGUCAUUCUUCACGUAAGUUUUCAAAAAUAAAAUUAUGAAAACCGUGAAAUUGAUUGAAAAUUCAUUAAAAAUAACAUUGAAUAAAUUAAAAUGACAAAUUCAGGCGCUCUCGGCAGUCCGACCACUCCGUAACUGGUUCCUGAAAGAGGCGAAUUACACGUCGAUCAAGCGUCCGCCGGGAGAUAAACUCACUCUGCUCCCGCAGAGAUUCGGAGAACUCAUUAGGAAACUAUGGAAUCCGCGGGCUCUACGAACACACGUUUCCCCGCACGAAAUGCUCCAGGCGGUCGUUGUGUGCUCCGACAAAAAGUUCCAGUUCACGAAACAGAACGAUGCGGCCGCGUUCAUGACGUUCCUCAUCGAUACGUUGCACAGAGCUCUGAAUGGAAACAACGAGCGACAGAGUAUCAUUUCCAAGUGAGUUUUGAAAGAUAGUUUCUAGAAAAUGCGAUUUCUGCACGGUUCUUCUAAAAAUCACGAGAGCAGCGUCCAAACAGUGCAGUUUGUAGUCAAAGCAGCCUCAAAAGUUACGAGAGCAGCGCCCAAAACGUGUAGUUUGUAGUCUAAGCAGCUCUAAUGUGUUGUUUGCAGUACAAGCAGCCCCAUAAAUUAACGAGAGCAGCGACCAGCGGUGUAGUUUGCAGUAUUCGCAACUCUAAAGUUACGAGAGCAGCGCCCAAGAGCGUAGUUUGUAGUCUAAGCAGCACUAAAUUACAGUUUCCUUCUCCGAAAUCGACUUCAAAAUUUUUCAUCCGUGUAAAUUGUGAGUGCACGACCACAAUUGGCUGUAGAUUCGAGCACGAUUGACCGUUCGCGACUAGCGAAAGUUGACAUGGCGCCUAAAAAUUAAUGUUUCUUUUAUAAACAGAUUUGUUGAAAAACUAACAUAAUAAAUUGCCCACGCGGCGCGAAGCAACAAACAACUACAACAAAACAGUUUUGCGUCUACGUCUCUGCCUUUUCGCGCGCAAUUCGCUUAGCUCUCGUCUCCUGUUCUUUUUCCGGUUGAACCGCAAACUCGUCCACCCCUGGUUUGUAGUCUAAGCUGUGAUCAACCUCGGUGCUGCAAAUUCUAAUUUUACAGAUUCGGUAUGCUUUCUUGUCAAAAAAUACUUUUUUGUAAGAUCUUCUAAAAAUUCUCAAAAACGUUACAAUUUGUAGAACGUUCCGCGGAAAAAUGCGUCAGUACACCCGUCCGGUGAUUCCGGCGGAAGACACGGAAGAAGAGCGAUACAACAAGAUGCGGAUGCCGGAAUAUCAGGAGAGAGUGACGGAGCACCCGUUCAUGUACCUUCCGCUGGACCUGCCGCCCGCGCCGCUCUACCGUGACGUCCAACUUCAGAAUAUCAUUCCGCAAGUGCCGUUGACCACUCUUCUCGAGAAAUUCAACGGUAAAACGGAAAAAGUGAGCGACUGAUGUGUAAAACUGUAAAAAUCAUACUCUUUGCAGGAAUACCACAAGAACAAUACGAAUAUGAUCAAACGGUUCGAGUUGCUGAAACUGCCCGACUUCCUGAUCAUCGCCUACAAACGAUUCGAGAAAAAUCAGUGGUUCAUGGAGAAGAAUCCGACGAUUGUGAACUUUCCGAUCGGAAACGUCGAUUUGUACGAUUGUCUGGCUGAUGACGUGAAGGCGGAGAACAAAUAUACGACUUACGAUCUAGUGGCGAACGUGGUGCACGAGGGAACUUUCGAGGAGGGAAGCUAUCGCAUUCAGAUUGUUCAUCAGGUACAGUGAUUUGGAGUACAAACUAUAAAUUUAGGGCGCUGCUCUCGUGAAUUUAGAAGCUGCUUAGACUAGAAACUACAUGUUUUGGGCGGAGCUCCUGUGAAUUUAGGGCUGCAUAGACUACGAACUACAAAUUUUGGCGCUGCUCCCGUGAACUAUAAUGAAGAUGAACAAUUUCAGGGGUCCGGAAAAUGGUUCGAAUUGGAAGAUUUGCACGUGAAGGACAUGCUGCCGCAGAUGAUUGUGCUCGCCGAGUCGUACAUUCAAAUUUGGCGCCUCAACAAAGAGCAGACGAGAGAGGAGCGGAAUGAGGACACAAUUGACGAGAAAAUGGAGGCCUAA